AUGAAGGCUGCGAGAACCGCCAUCUCAGACCACUUGAGCUUGUACUCGGCUGGACCGGGUUUUGCUGGCUCUGGCGUUAGGCUGCUUCGAAAAAGGUUCGACUCAAACGAGCCCAUAACCCCAGCAGAGAACAAGUCCAAUUCCAUUCUACCCUGUGAACCUUUACACGUGCAAGAUGGCUACUUGGUGGAUGAACUGGGCCGGAAACGAGUGCUCAAGGGGAUCAACGUGGACUCAGCGAUGAAAUACCCGACAAAACCGUUUAUGCCAUCUUACGAAGGGGACUGUCUGGACCCAAAUAGUGUUUUCUUUGAUGACGAGAAUGUUACUUUUGUGGGCAGGCCGUUUCCCUUGGAAGAGGCCGAAAUGCACUUGAACAGAAUCAAAUCGUGGGGGUUCAACACCAUUCGAUACUUGGUCACAUGGGAAGCGAUCGAACACGCUGGGCCGGAAAAAUACGAUCACGAGUUUGUCAAGUACACGAUCGAGGUGCUCAAAAUCAUCCAUAAAGUUGGUGGACUCUAUGUGUUCAUGGAGUGCCAUCAGGAUGUGUGGAGUCGGUAUUCCGGAGGGUCAGGUGCUCCUCUUUGGACGUUCUAUGCUGCUGGGCUUGAACCUGCCAACUUUUCAGCGACAGAGGCGGCCAUUUUGCAGAACGAUCCGAGGUUCGAUCGGGCCUACGAUCAAGAGUGCUAUCCAAAGAUGCUCUGGACAACAAAUUACAAAAGACUCGCUGCAUUGACCAUGUUCACGUUAUUCUUUGCUGGAAACACGUAUUUCCCACAUUUGAGGAUCAACGGACAGAAUAUCCAGACUUUUCUACAGAAGCACCAUAUGAGGGCUUUGGGUCAUCUUUGGUAUAAUGUAGUUCAUUCGCUUCCUGAAAUGGUGAAAGACGGGACACUCUUAGGGUUCGAAUCCCUCAACGAACCCAACUGUGGUCUUGUGGGUCAUUCUCACAUGGGCCGCCACCCGGCAAACCAGCAUUUGCGUCUAGACACUACUCCAACAGUUUACCAAUGUUUCCGUUUGGGAAUGGGGCUUCCGGUGGAGGUAGAUGUCUACAAAAUCACCGUUUCUGGCCCACAAAAAGACGGCUCUCGUUUGGUAGAUCCAAAGGGAAAGCGUGCAUGGCUCAGUGCUGAGGAGCAGCAGAAAUACGAUACAAAGUACGGGUGGAGGCGUUCUGGCUGGAAGAACGGAGAGUGUAUCUUUGCAGGCUUAAAGAUUUGGAAAUGGAAUAAGUUUGCUGAUUGGGACAAGAUUAAUCAGAUGCCCUUGGACAAGCGAUUGGAGUUCAGCUACCAGGAGUGUCUGUUGCGUAUGCCUAAUUACUUCAAUCAGGUGUCGCCAAAAAUUUCCUUCAACGUUAAAGAUGAAAGGCUCCCUGAGUGUAUUGAUAUGCAUUUUUUUAUCAAUCAUUUCUUUGUUGAGUAUUACAAGCGUUUUAAAAAGAUUAUUAGGUCUAUCAGUCCCAAUGUCUUCAUGUUGAUGGAACCACCAACGUUAGAACCACCCCCAGAUCUCAAAAAUGAUGAUCGUGGAAUAGUUGACGAGAAGACAAUUUACUGCCCUCAUUAUUACGAUGGUUUGUCGCUCUUAAUGAAAACAUGGAAUGAUAAGUAUAAUGUCGAUACUCUUGGCAUCAUGAGAGGUCGGUAUCUUAAUCCUGUGUUGGGACUUGUUGUUGGCGAAAGAGCCAUUAGAAACUGUAUUAAGAAACAGUUCUGUGAAAUCGCCAAUGAAUGUCGUGAGAACUUGGGUAAUAUUCCAGUUCUUAUGUCAGAAACUGGUAUGCCGUUUGAUAUGGAUGGUAAAAGAGCUUAUGAAGACGGCAGAUACACUUCUCAGACGGCUGCAAUUGACGCUUUAGCAAAUGCUUUAGAAGGACUGCGCAUGCACCACACGUACUGGUGCUACACUAGUACAAAUUGUCAUAAGUGGGGCGAUCGCUGGAACAACGAAGACUUUUCAUUUUGGUCGCCAGAAGAUAGAGAUUUAGCGUUCGAUGAUGAUGACACCGAGUCCGCCUCCCCUUCAAGGAGAAGCAGUGUGACUCCCUCGUUGAGAGCAAUUAGAGCUUUGAAGGAGACAACCGGUUCGCUGUCAAUUAUCAAAACGAGAUUGAACUAUCACAAGAAGCGUUUGAUGCCUCAACUCUUUAAAAAGCAAUUUUGUGGUGACGAGGAAGACUUCGAUGAUGACGUUGAGUCAACUUUAGAAAACUCCACUUUGAUUUCUGUGUCCAGUGACAACCUUCGUUACAAGCAUAUGAAGAACUGCUACCCUUCGCCAGAUGGCCUUCGUGCUCCUAGCGCCGUUCUUCGUCCAUUUCUUAUUACAUCGAUGGGAGUUGUCAAGGACACAGAAUUUGAUAUCAAAUCGUCAAGAUUUGCACUCACUUUGACUAUAAAGGACAGACUAGAUGAUGAAACUUUAGAGAAAUGCCCUACAGUCAUAUUCGUUCCCAAGUGGCAUUACCCUUACUUGAACUAUAAUGAUAUUUAUUUGACAUCCGGCCACGUGAAGUACAACGAAAGGCUCGAGUAUUUGGAGUGGUAUCAUUUUGAUGCGGACGACGGUGCCCAUAGCUGUUCCAACUCGUCGUCAACAGCCCGUACAUCCUCUGACGAUGAAACAAUCAUCAUUAAGAACAAUAGUGGAAAGUACGAGGAUAUCACCCAAAAAGACGAGGCCCUUCUCGGAGACAUAUGCACCAUCACGUAG